AUGACGGCCUCGCAACAGUCGGCCCCCGAGUCGCUGACUCUGUGGGGAUGGCUCUGUCUGUUGGCCAAGGUUGGGAGAAUAGUGGCCGGAUUAAUUUUCAAAGCCGUCAAAUAUCCCCUCCUAUCCAAGAAAUUAAAGACGAAACGGUCGUUCCAUCACUACAUCGCUUAUGAGGGCAUGAUCGAUUUCCAGUCCGGCCUUUCCUCCGUCGAAAAACACGCCGUUCUCCCGUCGACCGCCUGGCAAUGCACCAGCUUCGCGCACAGAAAUAAUCUACCUUACGAAAGACUCACUCUUCAAGAUGGCACCCUCGCAUUCAUGCUCAAUGGAUCAUCGUCAUCUACAAAACAUGCCCUCGGCCUCAAUCCCUUUACCCGGGGAAGCAAAAAAGCCGCGGCUUUGAUGGAAGAGAUGAUUGUCGCAAAACAAAAGGCCAACAAAGCCAUUGUAUAUUUCCAUGGUGGUGGAUACGUAGCACCUAUUCUGCCACAGCAUCUUCAUCUUAUCUACAGUUUUGAGGAUAAGCCUCGUUAUAGGGACGGAGUGGUGGUUUAUGUUUUGGCAUAUAGCCUAGUAGAUGAACACGCCAACCACUACCCAACUCAACUCCGACAAGCCAUCUCUCUCCUUGAUCACAUCAUCAACACAGAGAAUAUCGCCCCCUCAAAUAUUACUCUUAUGGGCAACUCUGCUGGCGCAAACCUCCUCCUUUCCGUACUACUGCAUCUCUCCCACCCCAACCCAGAUGUACCGCCUCUGAAUAUGAAAGACGACGAACAAUUCACCGCCGCAGUCGCAAUCUCACCUUGGUGUAAUAUGGAUACAUCUGCCGAAUCCAUGACUACAAACGCGAAUAGAGAUGUUCUUGCCGCUUCGGCGUUGGAAUAUUGGGGAGGAAACUUUCUCGGGGGUCGUCCUUUGGAUCCUUGGAAUUCACCUCUGCAGGCACCCGCAGAGUGGUGGACGGAUUUGAAAGUAGGUGAAUUGCUGAUGAUCUACGGAGAGGAUGAGAUAAUGAAAGAUGAUACGGAGAUUCUUUGCAAAAGAGUACAGUCCGUGCAUCCGCAAACGACUGUCUACGGCCUGCAGGGGGAGAGCCAUGAACAGAUGGCUAUGACUAAGCUCCUACUUUUGCCCUGGAUCUCUGACUCUGAGAAGAUAUAUACUGCUUGGAUGAAAGAGCGGUUCUACUAA